GACGACCCGCUGCUGACGAGGUGGGUGAAGCAGGAGGGGAAUCCCGUGCUUGUUUCCCCGCCGGGGAUCGGGCUCAAGGAUUUCAGGGACCCAAACCCCGCCUGGUACGACUCCUCCAGCUCAACGUGGUACGUCCUCGUCGGCUCCAAGAACGACUCCCUCUCCCACACCGGCAUCGCCCUCGUCUACACCACCACCGACUUCCUCUCCUACACCCUCCUCCCCGGCAUCCUCCACUCCGUCGACAUCGUCGGCAUGUGGGAGUGCACCGACCUCUACCCGGUCUCCGUCUCCGGCCCCUCCACCCACCUCGGGCUCGAGAACUCCGUGCCCCCCGGCGAGAACGUGAAGCACGUGCUCAAGGCGGGCCUGAACGACGAGUGGCACGACUACUACGCCAUUGGGACCUACGACAGGGAGGGGAACAAGUGGACCCCCGACGACGAGAGCCUCGACGUCGGGAUUGGGCUGAGGUACGACUGGGGCAAGUUCUACGCGUCGAGGACUUUUUACGACCCGGUGAAGCGGAGGAGGGUGCUCUGGGGCUACGUUGGGGAGACUGAUACUAGGAGCGUCGACGUCCAAAAGGGCUGGGCUUCUGUUGAGGGCCUUCCUCGAACAGUGCUGUUUGAUGUAAAAACGGGGAGCAACCUUCUGACUUGGCCGGCUGAGGAGGUGGAGAGCCUCAGGUCAAGCAGCAAGAAUUUCAGCAACAUCGCCAUCGCCGCAGGGUCCACCGUCCAUCUAGACGUCGAGGAUGCCAAUCAGCUGGACAUAGAGGCCGAGUUCGUGAUCAAGAAAGAGGAACUCGAGCUCGCUAUUCAAGCUGAUGUCAACUACAACUGCAGCACAAGCGACGGGGCUUCGCAAAGAGGUUUGCUCGGACCCUUUGGCCUGCUCGUGCUCGCGAACCAAGAUCUCUCGGAGCAGACUGCAACCUACUUUUAUGUCGGUAGGGGAACUGAUGGCAGCCUCCAAACUCACUUGUGCCAAGAUGAACUGAGGUCGUCUAAGGCUAAUCAGAUCACUAAGAGGGUUGUAGGGCACACGGUUCCCGUGCUUGAUGAUGAGACGCUAACGUUGAGAAUUUUGGUGGAUCACUCCAUUGUUGAGAGCUAUGCUCAAGGGGGGAGAGCGAGCACCACAUCUCGUGUUUAUCCGACGCAAGCAAUCUACGAGGAUGCCAAGGUCUUUCUCUUCAAUAACGCGACCGGAGCCACUGUGAUCGCCAAAAGUGUGAAGAUAUGGCAAAUGAGCCCUACAUCCAACCGCUCCCAUGGCUACCCUGGCUCCCAAGCUCUCUGAAAUUUAUCAGUUUCGUCGAUCCACCGGUUUAAUAAAAUAAUCUUGAACUUUCGUAUUCAUGAGCUAGCUAUAAUAUUGUCAUUGAUUGGCACAAUUUGUUUGCAAAUUAGUUAAUGUAUUGAAGGUGUGGCCGUCUAUAUUUUUGGUGUGUGACAGUGUGUGAGGUUAUGUUGUCUAUGUUGUAGCCAAGGUGUCAUUUGUAGUCAUAAAUAUGCAUCAUUUAUGUUAAACAUCAUCUUGGCACAAUACUUUUCAGAUGA